AUGUCGGAAGACUGCUUGACGCUGAACGUCGUCCGUCCUACUGGAAAGCCAGAGAAGCCUUUGCCGGUUCUUGUUUGGAUAUACGGAGGUGGUCUGUACACAGGCUCUAUUGCGGACCCUCAGUACAACCUGUCAGGAAUCGUCAAGGUCAGCCAGGAUAUGGGUGAGCCCAUCAUCAGCGUCGCCAUGAACUACCGUCUCAACAUGUACGGCUUCCUCCAAACCCCGGCCCUUCUAGCCGAAGGAUCCAGCAACGCUGGCCUCCUCGACCAAAGGCUGGCUCUCAGGUGGAUCCAGGAGAAUAUCGCCGCGUUCGGCGGAGACCCGGACCGGGUCACAAUCUGGGGCGAAAGCGCCGGGGCCCAGUCGAUCGCCUACCACCUCUUCAGCUACGACGGCCGCGACGACGGCCUCUACCGCGCCGCGAUCCUCGAAAGCGGCGGCCCGACGGGCGCGCAGGUCCAGGACCUGGCGUACUACACCGUCCCCGUCGAGAACCUCACCCGCACGACCGGCUGCUGGACCGCCAAAGACCAGCUCGCCUGCCUACGCGGCCUCAGCCAGGACGACCUCUUCGCAGCCAAGCCAAGCCAGGUCUGGAACCCGCUCGUCGACGGCGACUUCCUGACGGGGUACCCGAGCCAGCUGAUCCGCGAGGGCAAGUACGUCAAGGUGCCCCUCCUAACGGGCGCCAACAGCGACGAGGGCAUCAACUUCAACCCCAACAGCCCGAAGCCCGACACCGAGCAGAACCUGCUCAACGGGUUCAUGUUCUGGCGCUCCUACGCGCUCUCGCCGCCGACGAUCCGGAAGCUGUUCGAGCUGUACCCCAACGACCCGUGCACGCAGCCGCCGCACUCCAUCUGGAACUGCUCCGUGUACCCCGCCAAGGGCCUGCAGUGGCGGCGGGGUGCCUCGAUCGGCGGGGACCUGGUCAUGAUCUCGGGCCGGCGGAAGAUGUGCGAGCUGUACGCGGGCGAGGCGGGGCAGCCGGUGUACAGCUACCGGUUCGACCAGCGGUUGUGGAACAGGGCCGAGCUGGACGGCGUGCAGCACUUUGACAAUGUCGCGUUCAGUUUCCAGAACAUCAGUGGCCUGUUGGGCCCGUCGCCGGAGUACGAUAGUCACCUGGAGUUGGCGCGGGGUAUUGGGCAGGCGUAUGUGAGGUUCGUCAAUGACCUGGAUCCCAAUGCAAAGGCUGGUAAUGUCACAAAGCGGGACGGGCUGCUGCCGUACUGGCCCAAGUAUGACCUCGCGGCGCCGAAGAACCUGGUCCUGAAUGCCAGCAACAGCUUCGUGGAAGAUGAUACCUGGAGGAAAGAGGGAAUUGAGUACAUCAACUCAUACGAGGUUGCAAGGGAGCUACUUGCAUGA